AUGGCUCCUCUCGUCCCCAUAUUCUCUGCCGAAUCCCUCCCCGAUCAUGUCAACACCGUCCGCCACAACUUCCAAGAGAAACGCCGUAAAGGCGAACCGGUCAACCUCAAGGAGUGCCCAUUACUCGAAAUGACACAAUUCUCUUGCAACCCACCACAAAAUGGGGUUCCCGAACCAGGGAUUGUGGUGUGCGAACCUAUAGUGCGGUUAUUCCGACAGUGA